AUGGCCACGGCAUCGAUGGAUGCACUAGGGGCCUUCACCCACAUGAAAGACAAUAUUCCUGCAUGGAUCACUCGCGUCUCGGAGCUCGCUACACACACUCACAAAAGACACAAUGAAUACUCCGAAGCUUACAGACGCCACGCAAAUUUGAAGCUCCGCCGACGCAAAAAUAGUUCUAUUCGCUCUAUCCAUACUAAUGAUCUCGUCCCGAUCGCACAACGAAAGGUCCCCAGCCCAGAACCACCGGCAGUUGAAAUACCACAGGAUGCGCCCGAGCAGAUUCAACGUUCAGAUCGCAAGCGCACUAUAGAUGAGGCUCCAUCAGUCGAGUCCAACAAAGAAUACAACAUGUUAGUAAGCACACGGCACAAUGUCAUCAUUGAGUAUGAUGGUCAUACACAGCAGACACUCGAGACGAUUGCACGCGAUAUCGGAGUGGCCAGGAACAAUCUCCGCCGAGGGCAGAUGUCCUUGAUGCCCCGUACAGGGCUGCGCUCGGGCUUUUUGAGCAAAGGCAUGAUGAAUAUGCCAGGUGGACUAGGACAGACAGGGUCACUCUCUUAUGUUCGCAGCACCCGGACCACAAGUGGAGUUGUCGGCAUCUCUGGUACCAGUGCACUCCGAAAAGACUCCACAUUUGACUUUGCAGACAAGCAACUGGAACUUGCCCAUUCGCUUUGUGAAACGGCGGCGUACCAAGUCCUUCGAUCUGGCGACUGUGGCACGGAACUGGACGGCGUGGAGGAGAAAUUCAAGAUGCUACUUGAGGCGGCUAUCAACGAGGUCGACCGUCUUCUGGCAGAGAAGAAACACCAAGAAGAACACAAGCAAAAGCAACAGGAAGGGACCGCGGAAGGACCCCCCAAGCCGCUCCCUUCCCCCUCGGCGGCCCGACUGGCAAUGGUUGCUGCCAUGGCUGCGAACAAGCCCUCAAUGACCACGGCAGGCGCCAUUGAAGUCGAUGAUAACUCGUCUUUCUCGGCUGAGUCCAUUGACAUCUCUGCGUUCCGAUCCUCCCAGAUCCGAGUCUGA